AUGGCUCUGGACGCUACCUUGAAACCGCGGGGUAAUCCACUCUUUAGUUUUACUGGAGAAUCUAUUUUGCCGCUGGGUUCUUUAGAGCUACCCAUGACAUGGGGAAAGGAAAGGGCCUCGUGGACUCGCAUCCUUAAAUUCUUGUUAGUGGACUUCCCGAAACCAAGUUACAAUAUCAUCAUCGGGCGGCCAGCGCUGAACGCCUUCCAAGCCGUGAUCUCCAUGUACCACCUAAAGAUUAAAUUCCCGCUUGAAAAUGGUAGAGUCAGGGAAUCAAAUCACAUCAAAGAGUGCUUCGUCAAGAGUUUAACGACACAGGUCGAAAAUAAGAGAACACAAAGCUUCCAGGGUGGGCCAGCGAAAAAAGUUGCUAGAAGGGAGCGCAGUUCUGGGAACACGGCGGAACGAGCUGAGAUAGAAGAAAUUGGGAGAUCUCCGGAUAAGCAACCUUUGAUCUCAACGGACGAUCGGUGUAUGUUGGUAGAGUUGUUCCUGGGAAAGACAGAGAUUGAUCGCACACUAGCGGAGCACCGCCUAAAUAUUGAUUCAACAAAGAAGCCGGUUAUUCAAAAAACACGGCAUUUUGGGCCAGAGAAGGAUGCAGCAAUCAGGGAACGGGUCAAGGCUUUGCUACAAGCAGGGCAUAUCGUAGAGGUACAAUACCCGGUGUGGUUGUCCAACGCUGUAAUGGUUGAGAAGAAGAAGAAGAAAUGGAGGAUGUGUGUGGACUACAGGGACUUAAAUGCUGCCUGCCCAAAUGACUGCUAA